ACAAUUACGAUUACUGUAGAUUGGGAAAUUUUCAUGUUAAAAAUAAUUGGUGUGAAAUUUUAAAAAGUGUUUUAUUUUCAUUUGUUGACCCAUCUGCAAAGUUUAUUUAACACGGAAAAUUUUGGAUGCAUCAUAAAUUGGACACGUGGCUACUAACUCUUGAUGAUGAAUGGACAGCUAUUCAAUGGAAGUUGCUCAUGGCAGCACUGAAACUGAAAAGAAGCCUUUUGGGUAUGGCGUACAAUCUCCAGUUUAUUUUAAGGAUAUGAGUGGACGACUAGUAUUAUCACCAAAAGUUGAUGAUUCAAACACACUGCACUGGACUGAAGGUUCUAUUACAUUUACUGAUCAUAGUAUUACAGUGAAAACUCAUCAUUCAACAUCACCAGCCCAUCCUCAUAAAGUAUCACUUGAACUAAACCAGUGCACUCCAAUCAAACCAAGUACUGAUGAUCAGUGGAAGAAAGGGAAGACAACAUUAAAAGAUAUUAUUAAAGUUUUGAGAUCAGAAGAGAAAGCAAAACAUGAUAAAGACACUAGUGAAAUGUUAAUUGAAGAAUUCAAGCAGUAGGAACACACUUGAUAUACAAUAAUUAAUAAAAUGCAUCACAUUGGAAUAAGAGAUUAUUGAUGAGUUGUUUUUGUACUCUAUAGAGGUGAGAGUAUACACACUUUGUUUUAAUUCACCCACUAUUAAUUAAUUAUACUAUUAACUGGUGUAUUCAUUUGUUUUCAUAAUGGAUAUUUUUGAACUUUCUAUUGAAAUUGAA